AUGCCACCAACACUUAUCAAAAGAGCGAUACCUCCGGUCGAGCCAGAACCAAUGGUCGAGCCAAUACAGAGUACGUCUGUCCUGGUAAUACACCCAGGCUCUCAAAGUUUGCGAUUAGGUCGAGCAUCAGAUGCGUUUCCUGGCAUUCCAAACUGCAUUGCUCGUCGUCACAAGAAAAUUGGACAGCAGCGCUAUGAAGAUCCAUGGUUGGCCAGACCAGAGACCACGCAAUCAGAUGUGAAACAUCAACAGAGACAUGCUCUAAAACAGGCAGAGGAGGCCCUCCUAAGUCGACCAACCAGUCAAGGGGAAUACAGACAGCCAACUUCUCACAAACAGAUACAAGCUGAAAAUAGUAUGGUUAAGGGAGAGGUUACAGAUGUGCUCAGUUAUGAAGAAUGGACACCGACAGAGCUCAAACCACCGUUUCUCAUUGGCAGAGAGGCUCUUUAUGUCCACCAGUCAGAUUCCUACAGCAUUCACUGGCCUAUCAAACGAGGCUGUUUAAAUCUGCAUGACGGUCCCGGGGGAACUAUCACAGCUGUCCUGGCAGACUUGGAAAUAAUUAUAGGAACAGCUCUAAGAAGUUCACUAGACAUUUCACUCCAUACAUUAAAGCACUAUAAGGCAGUUUUGCUGAUACCUGAUAUCUUUGAUUAUCACCACGUGAAGCAUCUGAUGAGCUUGUUGUUGGAUCGACUUGGAUUUGGAGCUGCUAUUGUUAUGCAGGAAUCAGUCUGCGCCACAUUUGGGUCAGGUGUUAGCAGUGCUUGUGUUGUUGAUAUAGGAGAUGAGAAGACAAGUGUAUGCUGUGUGGAAGAUGGAUUGUCACAUAAAAAUACAAGGUUACGGAUGGAUUACGGUGGUAGUGACAUAACAAGAUGUUUUCAUUGGCUACUGACUCGGGCUGGUUUCCCAAUUAAGGAUGUGAAGAUCACCGGUCGCAUUGAUGCUUUGUUCCUUCAGGAGUUGAAAGAAUCCUACUGCCAUUUAGAUCAGGACACAGAAGGUGUAUAUGAUCAGCACAUCCAGCUUAAGUACCCUCACAAACCCAUUCAUAAAUAUAACGUGAAAAUAGGGGAUGAGGCCAUUCUUGCCCCUAUGGCCCUUUUCUUCCCAGAUAUGUUUGGAAUCCAAGGACAGCAUUUGAUUCACAAACAGCUCCGGUGUGAUGGCUUACCUGAAGAUCCAAAUGAUGAAUUUUACCUGCGCCAAACCUCAAGAUCCUACCAAACCACAGAGGGCAGUAAGUCUGGAAAGCGGAAAGAUGCAGCGGAGGCUUCUAGUCAAGGUGCAGAUAGCAGUUUUACGCAGAAUGAGGAUACACAGUUGAGCCAGCCUCCAGGCGAUGAUGAUGACAAUGAUGCUGUGGAAGGAAGCGAAGGUGGAGCUGACCUUUUGCUGCCCUCUGUUCGAUCAAAAGCUGACCUAGAAGAGGACUUGGAAGAGGAGUUACAGCUGAUGGGAUUAGAUCAGGCCAUAAUACACAGUAUUGAGAAGUGUGAUGGUGAGGACAUGAAGAAGCGGAUGUACAGCUGUAUCCUGGUGGUGGGUGGAGGUCUGAUGUUUGCUGGGGCCUAUUCUUGGCUGCAGCAUAGGGUCUGGAUAAACAUGCCUCCACAGGCUCGCAUUGGCUUAGAGGUCAUGGAUGUUAUCACCAGGCCAAAGGACAUGGAUCCUAGGAUGACAAGCUGGAAGGGAGCUGCCAUUCUGGCAAGCCUUGACACUGCUCAAGAGUUGUGGAUCCGUCCCAAUGAGUGGCAGCAAUAUGGGGUGAAGAUCCUCAGGGAACGAGCACCAUUCAUGUGGUGAUAUAAUAAAACUGUGGCAGUUGUACAGGUCAUUGUGGAUUGUGACAAGAAGCUGCGUCCUCUGGAAGGAUGAACUGGGUAUAAAUGUGCAGGCAGGAGGCCUUGCAUAUGAUGUGACCAUAAACACAAUACUAACAAAGCUGAUCGGAGCUUUUCAGUGCCAGUUUAACAUGUUUGUUGCACAAUAGCAUGUAAUGCUGUCCAAUAUUAGUAUGCCACAUAAGUUGGUAAUAAAAUCAUGAAAUAAAAGAACAACUCCAUCAUAUUGUGAUGUUUCUGUUUUGUUGUUUUGUGCAUAAUUCCCCUUGUGAUGUUAUCCAAACACUUUCAGAUUUGUAAAAGUAAUAUUUAUAGAGAAGAAUUUAUGACCCUACAAAACCCUUGUACCUUGGAU